AUGUUUUCCUUUCUGACGAAGCCAUGUCGGCCCAUCUAUUGCCUUUUGUACGCCUCGAAGGGCCAGGAUAGUGCCCGGAUCCGGUGCCUUCGUCUUCUAUUCAGCUUCCUGGUGGGCCUCGCCUUGGGCUACCUCCUCUGGAAGCUGGUGGCGCUGAACUUUAGCCUGGGCCACCUCUUCGCCGACGAUCGAACUGACCUAACCGCCUUCACAGUGUUCGUCCUGCUGACUGCAGCGGCCUUCAUGGUGAGCAAACCCAUUCGCACCGUAAUCAUGCUGAUCUUCGUAGCCUUGGUGGGUAAAUCUGGAAGGACUUAUCUGCGAGCUGUGGCCUUCGCCUUCAUCAUAUCCGGUCCCAUCGACAAUCUGGUGGAGAAUGCCGGCGAGGUGGCCCGCGUGUUCGUCUGCACCACCGUGCUGACCUACAAUCUUUCCAAGACCCGAUUCGAUUUGAUGGCCAAACCGUUUACAAACACGCUGAAAAAUAUGCGAGGAGAUGUGGAGGAGAUUCGACAGACUUUUACGGAGCUCCACGGAGUCCUCGGUGACCUGAAGUACGCCGUAGAGCAUUCGGACAUCGAGGACGAAAAGUACGGGGACAAUAAGACCCUCUUUGGAAGAUGGCCCAGGGAGUCGAGAAGAAUGAAUAUAAGUGCACCUGGAGUGGAGGGCAAGGAGCUGCCCACCUCGGCUGAGGUGCAGGAGCGUUUCCAGCGGAACAUGAGGAAUCGCUGCAAGCAUCAGCUGCGAAGUGGUCAUCGGGUUUGCAUGGAGGUCUUUCGAAAAGGCUACCGCAAGUGCACUACCAACUUUCCCUCCCUCAUCGGGAAGGCCGUCUGUUGGCCCUACCGGGUGGACAUCAUCUGCGAACUGGACCUCUUUGGCAAUCCGGACAAGAUAUGCGACCCAUCUGAAGUGGUGCCCCGCAAUUUCGGUGAGACCUACCUGGAGCUGCUAAAGGCCGAGCGGGAGCUCUUCGUCAACAGCUCACGGAUAGAGGUGAACUACGAGAUCAAGGACGAGGAGCUGGCCAAGAGCAAGCUGAAGUCCGCCGAACGGACAGCGGAGGCUUUUACCUCGGACUUUGAGCGCCGCAGGCUCAUCUUCAAUCGAGUGAUGGGACUGCUUCAGAAGAUCCUGUGCCUGUUCAUACUGCGCAUGAUCUACAUGUCCAUCAGCUACUAUUGGAAGUAUCUCGGCGAUGUGGAGUUCGACAACUUCUACAUCACUGACUACUUCAAGCACAUCGAUCAGCGGCGCAAGGACUCGCGCAAUGAUGCCAUCCUGCCCCUUCGCACCUACGAAAAGUCCUUGUAUAUUGAUUUAGAUCGCAUUUUCAGUCGGACCCACGAGGAGUCCACCACGGUGUUUUUUAGCCUGCUUCAGUUUCUGCUGGAAAUAGUGACGGCAGGUCUUUUUAUCCUCAUUGAUCACUUGGUGGUCGAAUUGAUGCUAAUAAUUCGCCAUCGAUCGAUGAUCACUUUCCACCAGGAGGGCCAGCAUGAAGUACGAUUUAAUAUCAGUGGCGUGGGUCAAAUGGCGCGACUGCUGCGAACCACCAUGCACAACUUCAACAUCCACGAGAGGGUCUCCACUUCGCUGACCAACGAGGAGUGCCUGCCCAAUCCCCAUGUUCUGCCCCGGAUAUUCUACAUCCAGCUCUUGCUCCUCUAUCUGCUAAUCGUAGUGCUGAUCUACCAGAGCACAACCUUUCUGCGUAUGCGACGCGUGAUCUGCAGCUUCUUUUACUAUAAGCGGGAGAAGCAACGCAUCCUAUUCCUGUACAAUCGCAUUCUGCGGAAUCGCCUUAGAUCGCUGGAGAAUCUGGUUCACGAUGCCGAGGAUAACUUGGCCACAUAUCGCAUUCAGCAGCAGGUUAAUGUCUUCCUAUGGCUACGCUUCUCGUGUCCCGCCGCCUUUGGUUGGCUGCGGCACUUCAAGUGCGCCAAGCGGACCUGCCUUAUUUGCCGCGGAUUCGAGGACUCCACCUUCACCUUCUGCCAUAUCUGUGGACUGCCCUAUUGCGACGACUGUGCCGAGGAUCUCAACAGUGUGUGCCUGCAGUGUGGCACUGUGCUCACGAGGAUCCUGGAAGAGGAAGACAGCAGCGUGGAGGUGUAUGCCUACAGGAAGGAGAAGUAAUAUGGUCCUUCAAGCCGGAUUACUUUU